AUGUCUGCUUAUGUUUUUUGCACCAAGUCUUUGCGUAUUCCUGCCAAGCUUUUGCCCUUAGCCAAUCUACUUCACGAGGGUCGACAACUCGCUAUGGCUAGGCUUGUCCUUGGCAACCUCUAUCAAAUGCUGAAUGAAGCUGUCGAGGAUAUCCGGAAUACCAAGACCGUCUCUCUGAAUGCAGCUGGACCUCUUUGGCUGUUUCAACUUUGGUUGAAUGCAAUCUUCGAAUCUCUUCUGCCGGCACAAGAUAAUCCUCCAACUGUUUCUAACACCAGGAUUGAUGCCCACAGGCUCGAGACCCUGACCCCUGCUUAUGAUGCGUCGAGUUUUGAAGCUGAUUUCAGAAAGUACUUUACCAUGUUUCUCGAGCUGAAGCAUUAUCGUUCCAGUUUCUCUCCUUACAGCAAGGCUGUUCGUGGCCCUUUCCGGCUGAGGAAUUCUUACCCUAUUGCUUCUGAUUCUGCAUUGCCCAAAGAACACCAUAUCACGCUCUGGAGGACCCUCUUAUCUCCUAGGGUUUUAACUGUGGGCUUUGCUAGCAGUGACUACACUCUAUGUGGCUACAACCCUCAAUUGGUUUCUCGACAGUUUGGGCUUAGCCAAGUUCUACCCAACACUUUAUUUGACAAGAAUCUAGUCCUGUACCCCGGAGCUAUUAAGAGGGCUUCUGCUUUCGACACGACUGUUCAGUUUUAUAACAAGAAACUCCUCAACCUGAGCCCCUUCACUUACGCUCCUUCAUAUUAUGCUACUAAUGCUUUCAAAGCCUGGUGGUCUGAGUAUUGGGCUCAAAUUUCGAAGCCCCUCGUCGAUUGUCUGCAAUGCAUGACAUAUGCUUUUCUUUUGCAGAAGCAGGAUCCGAAGAAGACUAAAGCUGAAGUCAUUACUCGACCGGCUCCUCAAGUUAUUUCCCCAGUGGCUCAUUCUUCCAAGGACAAGCCAGUCGUGAUUGAGGAUGAUGAUGAUGAUGAUGAUGAUGAGGAUGAUGAUGUCAGUCUUGCUGACAAGCUCAAGAGUCGAAAAAGGAAACCUAAGCCUGUUGCUUCGGCCAGUCAGAAGAGGGCCAAGGGGGCUGGUGUUUCCACCACCAGUGGGGCUUCUAAGUUGGCAUCUGAUGCUCAACCAGAAGUCGAUGACAAAGAAGGUGGUGGCGACGCCGCCAUUCAGGCUGAUGUCCAUGAGCAUUCCACUCAAUAAAACAGAAAGAGAACCCGGGAGGGAAGUUAGACAGGACGCGAAAGCAAGACAGAUUGCGGCUAGGAGCCAUCCCGUGAGAAUUCUCCAGCUCCCAACCUUGCAAAAUCCAAAGCUGAAGGUGUCGAGAAACCUCCCAAGGCCGCAUCCUCGGCUAAAAAGACCUCAACAUCUGAGGGAAGGAGGAAGGUCAGGAGCAAAUCUGGUCAUAAGUCUCCCCGCCGUUCCAGAAGCUCCACCAACUCGAGCCCUUCUAAGGAAUCUGCUUGCCAGGUAUCUUUAUAUUUUUCAUGUUUUGUUGGCUCCUCUAAUAUGCAUUUUACUUUAUCGAAAAGGACAUUAAAGAGGUUUUUCUUGUUGGAAACUCAAGGUGCAACCUCUCCCAUUCGCGGAGCAGAACCUCUUCCAGGCAAGGAUGAUAACCCUAUGCCUCCUCCAAAAUCGGCUGCCACUAUGCAACCUUCGCCUCAAGCCAAGGGUGGCUCUUCAUCUCAUGUGUCUAGUGAAAAGCUCGACACUUUAUUUGAGGAGGACCCGCUGGCAGCUUUGGAUGGCUUUCUCGAUGGCACCUUGGAAUGGUAUUCUCCACCCCAUCAAGCUGAUGCCACUGCUGAGACUGCUCAAUCUAGUGGGGUGGCCAAUUUUCAGCAAAUCGUGGAGAGUAUGGGUCGGCUGAAGGCUAUUGUUUUCGCCAGUGGGUUUCUCUAACAGAUCCAAGUUGAUCCUCAAACGAGCCAUGCUGCUAAGGAAUUGCUCGUCUUCCUUCUUGGCCAAAAACUUGAUUCUCAUCAGGCUGCUGCUCUGGCCAACCUUCAAUCCUUCUUAGUGGAUGCUUCAGCCACUUUUCAUCAAGUUAAGGACGUCGGUCAAGCUGUCAGCCUUAAGGAAGCAAAAGUCUCUUCUGGUAAAGCUCAAGUUGCAGCAAUGAAAGAGGACUUCAAGAAAUUCACUGCUAGGAAGGUUUUAAUUGCAGAUGAAAUCUCUGAAGUCGACACUAAACUUGAGGAGCUGCAUCGAGAGAUUACCAAGUUGGAGAAAAAGCGAGCUGAUUUGGUCGAGGAGGGCCCUGCUGUGAAGGCUCAGUUGGAUGUGCUUACUAAGGACUCCAAGGCUCUGAUCAUCUCGACAAAAGAUGUUAUCAAGGAGUUGGAGGUUGACCAGGCCGUGAAGAAGGAUCUCGAUGCCAAGAUUGCCACCUUCGCUGAUCGUUUGAACUCUUUUAAAUCCCUGCUUUAGGACUCUCUCUUAUCAGUAUGUAAUGAUGGCACUAUUUUAACCAUGGCUCUCGAUGCCAAUUUGCAUGUAAUAUUUCGACAAUGGUUUUGGCACGUCGGCCAUAUAAUUUUGACGUUUAAUUUGCCAUGUCUUUUCAGUUUCCAUUGUGCAUUUAUUCUGAUGGCUAUUCACUUAUUGUUGCACCGUUCAAACUCCCUUGCACCCCCUUACGUAGUCGUUGCUUUGUUUCUGGGGAAUAAACCAAUUUAUUGCAAUCUUAUACCACGUUUUCUUGAUUCAAUGUAAGUCUUUGUUCAUUAAAUGCCAAAGCCAUUUACGAUGGUAGUGGUAAUUUACAUGGCCUGUAACUAUAAGAUGAAGAGUUGGCAACUGAUUGCCACCAAUUAAUGCACUCCUUUGUUGUUAUACUAUAAAUAGAGCGUUUUUGGUUAGUUCUCUUCAGUAACUUCUUCAAACUCUCCCUUGCCCCUUUUCUAGAAUUCCUUUCCUGCUCUUACACACCCUUUCAACCAUGGCUAGCCGUCGUGUUCUUAACCAGAUCCGGAGCUUGGCCUUUGACGAAGACCUGUUUUGGGAAUUGCAUUCCUCUCUUUCUCUGGUUGAAGAGCUUACCAGGCUCAUUAACCAGCUUUUGCAGAGGAAUAUUAUUGCCUCUGUAAAAACCCCUCUCCUGGAGUUUCUGGGUCUCCUGCACGAAGCUGUACCCCUAUAUGAAGAACACCGGGAGCUUACUGCUCGAGUGUUCUUUGCUGAACACCAAAUUGAGGAGAAGAUGGAGGAAUUUGAAGAGUUGAAGGCUGCUCUGAACCAAGCGGACCCUGAGAGGAGUGUGGGAGCUCUGAAAGCCUUGGUGGACAAGCUUUCUUCCACUGCCCGUGAGGAGCUGGAUCUUCGACAGGAGAAAUCGAGACUGGAAUCCCAACAAGAGGAUGUCUUGAGGCGCAUGGAGCCUCUUAGGGCCAAAUACGAUAGUUAUAGGGCCAAUCCCCCUUUUUAAAGUUUCUUUGCCAUAGUUGUAAAUGCUCUAUUCUAAUUAAUAAAACAUUCGAGUUUGGCAAUUUACUUUAUUUAUUUUCUUAUUCUUGCUUCCUUAGUCGAUGUUUAUUUCAUGCAACGUUGGCUUAUACGUUUUUAAGUAUUUGCCAUUUACUGUUAUUUGUCGAUUUCGACCUCUUAAUUCUUUAAUCGAAUAAGCGUUGUUUAAAAGUACUUUCUCGACUGUGAAAGGGCCUUCCCAAUUUGGGGCCCACUUUCCAUAGUGUUUAUCCUUUUUAUCGACUGGUAAAACAACCUUCCAUACGUAAUCACCGGGCAUAAAAGCUUUAGCUCUAACCUUUUUAUUAUAAGCUUUAGCAACGCGAUCCUUUU